AAAUAUUUUAAAGGAUGUCUGAAUGUAAAGAAGUUAAAACAGACGAAUUGAUUGAACGAAAAGAUAAUACCGACGAAAAGCCAGCUUUUCAUUUUGAGCGAAUGGUACAUAGAGGGGUUGCAAUGUUUAAAUGUGAGAUUGACGAUAUUGAACGAAUGGACACGAGGGAAGACGAUAUUUGGGUGUGUAGUUUCUCCAGAUCAGGGACAACGAUGACUCAGGAGAUGACGUAUCUAGUACAAACCUUGGACUUUCAGACGGCUCGCACGGUUUAUCUUGACGACCGUUUUCCAUACCUGGAAUUAAAUGACGACAGGUUCCCGUUUUAUAGAGGUGUAAAAUAUAUUGACCAAAUGAAGUCACCCCGUAUGAUAAAAUCACAUCUUCACCACUUCUUGUUGCCUAUUCAGUUACAGAAAGGAAAAGGCCGGAUUAUUUACAUUGCAAGAAAUCCCAAAGAUAUUGCAACUUCAUUCUUUAGACUGAUACAAUGGAUGGGUGGUUUUAACCGCAUCGGGUACACAUUUGACAACUUUGUAGACACAUUUGUCAAUGGAACUGGUCACAAUUGUCCAUGGCCUCGACAUGUUUUAGAGUUUUGGGAGAGACGAAAUGAUAAAAAUGUUCUGUUUCUGAAGUACGAGGAGGUGGUGCAUGUUUCAAUUGGGAACAAAAUGCAUAGAGGUGUAGUCGAAUGUUUGCCGUCGUCGUCGUAUAUUGUCUUAACUUACCCUUAA